ACCGGAAGUGUUCUUGCUAACUUGUUUACGUUUUAAGAACUUUUAUGUCCAGCCUUUGGUACUGUAGUUUCACAGACGUGGGCGGAGUGUUUUCCUUCCCAUAUCUCUCGGCACGAGAUCGUGGCCACUAACCGCUUUUGUCAGGGAUUUCCCCGUCCUACUCCUAGAUUUAUUUUUGGCCCUCAAGGAAGUUUUAAAGUCAAUUGCGGAACUAAGGAUUCAGUCUCACUUUGAACUUGAAGUUGUCUUGGAUAACAGUGGAUGAAGAUGGCAUUUGAGUCUGCACUACGGUUGAUAUUACUCCUGGUGACUUGUACAAGGAUUCAGGGAGAGCCACAGAAGAUCCCUUUUCAAGUCCUGCACAAGCUACUGGAUGUGAAGAAUGCUGCGGACUUAUUCCAGCUCUUCAAUGUCACCACAGACAGCUUUGGACCAGAGGUGUAUGGUCCCUCCAAAGACUUCAUCCCAGUCUCUGUCCCUCGCGGCGACUUCUUACCAACAAAUGCAGAAGACGAGCCGUUUCGCGGUCGACUGGGAGGCCUCGGAGGGAACCGUACCCAAGUUGAGGACACGGGAAUUAUCCUCGUGGGUGGGAGUGAUGAUUUUGGCAGAAAUCCUUUUUCUUCAGAAAAAGUGACAAUGAGCAGACAAGGUGCUGACUUGGUAGCCAGUAUUGCAUCACAGGUUGACUUCUGCUCUCCUCGCGGAACGGAAGUCAAGAUUCCAAAUGACAGCCCCAGUACGAUUGUCGUUCCCGGCUGUGUCAACCUGCAGAGGUGCGGCGGUUGUUGCCAUAGCAACGUAUUCCAGUGCGAACCCCUUGAAACCAAGAAUACCACCAUCACAGUCAUGAAGCUGGGAGUCUCUGGGAGUGACCUUGUACUUGAGACCAUUGAAGGGAUUGAGAUGGAGGAACAUGUGAGCUGCCAGUGUGGCUGUAAGGUCAAACCACACCACUGUAACCCUGCUAUACACAGGUAUGAAGAUUGUGCCUGUUCAUGUCUGUGGCCAAGUAGAGAUUGUGAAGAAGGCAAGGUCUGGGAUGAGAAGGAAUGCCGGUGUGUGUGUCAAUCUGGACAAAGUAACUGCCGUAAGAGGUACUACUGGAACCCUGACCAGUGCAAAUGUCUCUGUGCUCCCAGAUCCUGUCCUACAGGAAGAACUUUGGAUUUCAACACAUGCAAGUGCAAGAAGAACACCAGUCGGAGGCUAGACAACAGCAGAACCCCGUGUGUACGUAGGUGUCCAACAGGCUUCCGCUUGAAUCAUCAAACUUGUACCUGCUCGCAGGGGCAAGAUCAGAGAAGACGGCUUUCAGCUUUCCUGCAAUUUGAUGGCCUUGGUAGUGGGGACAACUAAGAUGCUAUUUUGAAAGAACAACUGAAAUUUUUAAAGACAUACAUCAACAAGUAAAGUGGCAGUCUCAUCUGCUGUUUACAUUCAGACUGUUCA